AUGCCGCUACCAACACUCAACCGCCGGCAAACAAGUGUCCGACAACAGAGGCGGCGGUAUCUGCUGCUACCGCUGUUGGCCACCGUCCUGGCACUGGCCGGUCUAGCGACGAGCUCACCCACCAAGUACAACUUCAAUGUGACCAAGGCGCUAAGGAUUGAGAGCAGCACGUGGAUGAAGCCGUGCGGCUACAUUACACAGGGAAGCGUUGAACGGGUGAAGAAUAACAGCUUCACCAAGAGCGCCAAAUUGCAUAACAUGGAGCGGCAGAUCAAGCUGGCGCUGCUCGAUCUGAAGAAUUGGCACAAUCUGAACGGCAGCAAAACGGGCAUCCUCACCUGGAACGACCCCCAUCGCAAGUGCCAGUUUAAGUUCCUGAAACCCUUCUUGAAAAAUGAGUCAAGCUGGGAGCGACGACUUUCCGUGUAUUGGGCACACCUGAAGCUGGUACGUCUGUUCCACCAAAAUCACACCGAAACCAACAUUAACCGGGAGCAGUCGGAUGCGCUCGAAAGCGUAAACGAGUCAACGCGACAGUUGCUCUGUAUGGUGCAGGAGUACCGUGGCGUGACUAAGCGACAAAAUAAGCUUAUUGACGCGGAGCACAUGGAGGCAUUGAUCAACUUUAAUAUCACGGACGCUAUUGAGAUCAAGCUUCACAUAUUGUACAUCAUGUGUCGGUUAAAUUGCUUCCUGAAAGAUAUGCGCAAACACGUGCGCCAGCUCAGUGGAAAGGAUCGCCAUCCGCCGGGCAUGGUGAUGAACUUCAAGAACUGCAAGCAAUGCUCUUACGUCAACAAUUGCAAAUCGGUCAAUAGGAAGCACCGGAAGCAACCGGUACAUCAGCAACGGCGACAGCACAACCGUAACAGCCAGCAGAACCAAACGAACCAGCAGCAGCAGCCCAGCAGACGGCCGAAAGGACAAAAAGGUACCCGUGCGCCGAACAAUCGUGCGCAAAACAAGCAGGGUUAG